GUCAUCAGACUGCGGCGGCAGAUUCGGCGGUGUUUUGGUUUUGAAUGACAUGUCUGCAUCGGUCUUGUUUUUGAAAUAUUCCUAAUAGCUUGAAAAUGAUACAUGAGCUUUUAUUGGCAUUAAGUGGAUAUCCUGGAACGAUAUUCUCGUGGAAUAAACGGACAGGCUUGCAGGUUUCUCAAGAGCUACCCUUUCUUCACCCAAGUGAAAUAAGUGUGCUGAAUAGGCUGUGCAAGCUCGGCUCAGACUACGUGCGUUUUACAGAGUUCAUAGAACAGCAUACUGGCCAUGUCCAUCAGCAGGAGCACCAUGCUAAUCAACCAAAUCCCACCGGACUCCAUGGCAUUUACCUGAGGGCUUUUUGUACAGGCCUUGAUUCCAUGUUGCAACCAUACAGACAAGUACUGCUUGACUUGGAACAUGAGUUUCUUGGUGAUCCACAUCUGUCCAUCUCCCAUGUAAACUAUACGCUGGACCAGUUUCAGCUGCUUUUCCCGUCUGUUAUGGUGGUUGUAGAAACCAUCAAGUCACAGAAGAUCCAUGGAUGUCAGAUCUUGGAGAUGGUGUACAAGCACAGUUGUGGGGGGCUACCUCCUGUCCGCAUGGCCUUAGAAAAGAUCCUGGCGGUGUGUCAUGGUGUGAUGUAUAAGCAGCUGGCGGCGUGGAUGCUGCACGGCUUGCUGCUGGACCAGAGCGAGGAGUUCUUUGUGAAGCAGGGCCCCAGCGGAGGGGCGGCGGGGAGCCAGGACGAGGAGGAGGAGGACCUGGGCAUCGGGGGCCUCAGCGGCAAACAGCUGAGGGAGCUGCAGGACCUGAGGUUAAUUGAGGAGGAGAACAUGCUGGCUCCGUCCCUGCAGCAGUUCUCUCUGCGCGUGGAGAUGCUGCCCUCCUACAUCCCUGUACGGGUCGCAGAGAAGAUCCUCUUCGUCGGGGAGUCGGUGCAAAUGUUCGAGAAGAACAACCAGAGUCCGUCCCGAGCUGGCUCCAUCCUCAAGCAUCAAGAGGAUAUUUUUGCAGCAGAGCUUCACAAGUUGAAGCAGCAGCCCCUCUUCAGCCUCGUGGACUUUGAGAAUCUCAUAGACCGAAUACGCAGCACAGUGGCUGAGCACCUGUGGACAUUAAUGGUGGAGGAAUCAGAUCUCAUUGGCCAGCUAAAGAUCAUUAAGGAUUUUUACCUGCUGGGUCGAGGGGAACUGUACCAGGUGUUCAUAGACCAUGCCCAGCACAUGCUGAAAACCCCGCCCACAGCUGUCACAGAGCAUGAUGUGAACAUGGCGUUCCAGCAGGCGGCCCAUAAGGUGCUGUUAGACGAUGACAACCUGCUGCCUCUGCUGCACCUCACCAUCGACUACCAGGGCAAGGACACCAAAGAUACCUCCAGUUCCAGAGAGGGGAACACCCCUCCCCAGGAGACGUCCCCUCGUGAGGCCCCUUCUAACGGCUGGGCAGUGCUGGGACUGGCCUACAAGGUGCAGUGGCCCCUCCACAUCCUCUUCACGCCUGCAGUGCUGGAGAAGUAUAACGUGGUGUUCCGGUACCUGUUGAGUGUGCGGCGGGUGCAGUCGGAGCUGCAGCACUGCUGGGCCCUGCAGAUGCAGAGGAAGCACCUCAAGUCCAACCAGACCGACGCCGGCAAGUGGAGGCUACGCAACCACAUGGCCUUCCUGGUGGAUAACCUGCAGUACUACUUACAGGUGGAUGUGCUGGAGUCCCAGUUUGCCCAGCUCGAGCAGCAGAUCAAUGCCACACGAGACUUCGAGAGCAUCCGAUUGGCCCACGACCACUUCCUUAGCAACCUGCUCGCCCAGUCCUUCAUCCUGCUCAAGCCUGUGUUCCACUGUCUGAACGACAUCCUGGACCUCUGCCAUAACUUCUGCUCCCUGGUCGGACACAACGUCGGCCCUCUGGACGAGAGGGGAGCUGCUCAGCUCGACAUCCUGGUCAAGGGUUUCAGUCGCCAGUCCUUCCUGCUCUUCAAGAUCUUAUCCACCGUGAGGAACCAUCAGAUCAACUCUGAUCUUGCCCAGCUGCUGCUGCGGCUCGACUACAACAAAUACUACACCCAGUCAGGAGGAACGCUGGGCAGCGUGUGAUUGUGAGACAAGAGCUGGAAAACCUGGUCGCCAAGCUGCAGUUAUUCACAUUCCACACAAGAUGCACUUAGGUUGCCAUGAUGACUGUUUCAAUAGGCAGAAGGGACUACUUGUGCCAUGCGUCAUACCUUUUAUCAUAAUAAUAACCGACCCCCUCUCUGACUACAUAGCUACUUGUAUUUAAAAAGCCCAUCCCCG